AUGGUACACAGUGUGGAUGGUCGUAUCAUUGCCAUGCCCAUCAAAAUCACCUUGUCCUCAAGAAAUAAUUUUUCUGGGUUGAUACUCUCAACGAGAGCACCAAUUGAUACAACCCUGAGGUUGUAUGAGUUGCUCUUCUUCGAGUCAAGACCUAAACUCCAGAAAAGGGAGAGAAAGAGACAUGAUUGUACUUCGAGUAACAGCCCAACUCUCAUUGACUAUACUUCGAGUGAUACUCUAACUCCCAAAAUGUCACCAACAUCUAUUAAUAUAUUCUUCAGUGCCCUCUUCAAGUACAUAGGAAUUGUUGCUGAUUCAAAUGCUUAUGACCAGAGCAAACGGAUGCGGACUGGCAGUGAUUGUACACAUACUGGGUACUCUAGCCCCUCUCCUUUUCACCCCCCUCCUGCACCAGCUUGGGGGCCACCUGCGUACAUGACUCCACCACCUCAACCAUAUGAUCCAUAUACUGGUUACCAUGUUCCUCCUGUGCCAAUGCCUGUUCCUGCUCCUAUGCCUGCAGCACCAAGCAGAUAUGUGCCUGUCCAGAAUACAAAAGAUAAUCCUCCUUGCAAUACCCUUUUCAUCGGCAAUCUUGGAGAGAACAUAAAUGAGGAAGAGUUGAGAGGCCUGUUCACUGCGCAACCUGGUUAUAAGCAGAUGAAGGUAUUGAGACAGGAAAGGCAUAUUGUAUGUUUCAUUGAGUUUGAAGAUGUGCAGAGUGCCACCAAUGUGCACCAUACCUUGCAGGGUGUUGUUAUACCUAGUUCUGGUGCUGUUGGCAUGCGGAUUCAAUAUCCUUUCUCCAUUUGAGACAUCUUAGAACUUGAGUUUUAAGUGCUUUUUUUUUUCAGACAUUCACUAUAUUUCUUACCUAUGGCUUUUGUUGGCAAUUAUCUCUGUUAAUUUGAUCUCUUUGUUAUAUUCGGUAUCAUGUCCACUCUUUAAUUAAGCAAAAUUCAAACU